AUGUUUCAGGUGUCAGAGAUCUAUUUGUUCACUCUCAACGAACACAUCAGACAUCCCAUGCCGAAAACUACAGCCACUUUAGACUCAAGAUACUCGAACCAUCAAUCCGAACUUUUUGAUAAACCCUACAAAUUGGACCUAUUGAAAGCAAACGGUAGGAGGCAAUCAAUUCUUUCACCUAAAAGCGCAAUGUUGAUUUGUGAAGAACUGAAAGCAACUACUCGAUGCUCCAUAGAACUGCAGACUAUUCGUGGUGGCAACUUUGUAAGGGUCAUUUUGGAUCAACUGAUUGAUAGACCACGCAAAACUCAUGACAUAACCAUCAGGAAUGAAGCAUUGGUACUCCAGCGGAGCAGAUUGACAGCAAGCCGAUGGUUAUUGAAUGGAUCGCUGUCAUAUAACCACAUGUCUAUUUUGCUGUUUUUUUGA